CAUUCCCGAGUUCAUUUCCGAGUUCAUUUUAAUCAUGAUAACGAGGAGAUAUAGCACUACAACGAGGCUUUUAAAGAAAGUAACGCUAAAUAAUGCAAAGGGCAAGAGUGUCAGUUCCCAAAUGUGGCUUCAGCGACAACUCUCUGAUCCGUAUGUCGAGAAAGCGAAGAUGUUAAGUUAUCGAUGUCGAAGUGCCUUCAAGCUCCUCGAGAUUGACGACAAGCACAAAAUUCUUCGUCCUGAAUACACUGUCAUCGAUUGUGGAUGCUCUCCGGGCUCUUGGUCACAAGUUGCUGCAAAACGAGCGAAAAAUGGUUUGGUAAUCGGCGUCGAUUUGCAACAAGUGCAGCCCGUGGAAGGCGCUAUCUUGUUUGGCAACACAGAUUUUACCUCAGAAGCGGGACAACAGAAGAUAUGCGAUGUGCUAAAGGACAAACGAGUGAAUUGUGUGCUCUCAGAUAUGGCACCCCGAGCUACAGGCAUUCGUCAAUUGGAUCAAGAGAACAUAAUGAUGUUGUGUUAUGCCGUGCUGCGAUUUGCCCUCACAAUGUCUGAAGAGAAAGCGAGUGUUCUGAUGAAGUGUUGGACAAACGCAGAAAUGCAAGAGCUUGUCAAACGCAUGGAAUGCUAUUAUGAGACUGUCAAAGUAGUAAAACCUAAUGCUAGUCGAGGCGAUUCAGCGGAGACAUUCCUUCUGGGGAAGGGCUUUAAAGGAGUGACAAAAGUUACAUGAAAAUAAAUAAAUUUUGUAUAUUUUAUUCACACAAAUAAUCAUUAAUUGUAUUGUAAUAUGUA